AUGAAGGUUCAUGCCAUUAAUGAAGGCAAAAUACAGCUUUCAACAAGAAGAAAGACCUCUUCAAAGAUAGCCCAUCUUGUUGCCCUAGCCCUAAUUGUCACCAUCAUCCCCAUUUAUUACCCUUAUAUACAUUACAUUCUUGAGAAAUCAACUGCAAUUCCGUCACCUAUAGAUAAUCUUUUAAAUGUCCAAACCACCACAACUCUCUCCCACCACCACCCUAUCUACCGUAGCCACAUCAUUCCCACCACCCAAAAAGAUGACGAUGAUCCCAAAUUGGUGGUUGUACCACCGGAGAAGAAAGAACACAGGAAGAGAGGGAGGAGAAAGAAGGGGAGGAGGGAGGCAGUGUUGAAGAGGACGGGUGGUGAUGGUGAUGGUGGUGGUGGUAGUAGUAACAAGUCGUGUGAUUUGUUUUCCGGCGAAUGGGUGGAGAAUCCAGAGGGGCCUUAUUAUACGAAUACCACGUGUUGGGCAAUACAAGAACAUCAAAAUUGUAUGAAAUUUGGGAGGCCGGAUCAAGAUUUCUUGAAAUGGAGAUGGAAACCUAAUGACUGUGAACUUCCGGUUCUUGAUCCAGUGCAGUUUCUGGAGAUGAUGAGGGGAAAGUCUCUUGCAUUUGUUGGUGAUUCUGUAGCAAGAAAUCAUAUGCAAUCUCUUCUUUGCCUCUUGUCAAGGGUUGCAUAUCCAAACGAUGUUUCAACCUCAAGUGAUCAAAAUUUCAGGCGGUGGGAGUAUCCGGAUUACAACUUCAACAUUUCGAUUUUUUGGUCCCCUUAUUUAGUAAACACCGAUAGAACCGACCGUAAUGAUAUAACAAAACCAUUCAAACUAUACCUCGAUGAAUUUGACGAAUCCUGGACAUCACAGAUUGAACAGUUCGACUACGUCAUAAUAUCAGCUGGCCAAUGGUUUUUUCGACCCACCAUGUUCUACUCAAACCGUUUUAUCAUUGGGUGUCUGUACUGCCCAGAAAGCAGUAUCCGACACCGUCCCUCCACCUUUAGCUACCGGAGGGCGUGGCGAACUGCUUUUCGGGCAAUUAAUAGCUUAAAGAACUUCAAGGGUAUUGUUUUUUUAAGGUCAUUUGUACCUUCACAUUUUGAAGGUGGACAUUGGGAUAAAGGGGGUGAUUGUGUAAGAACAAAGCCUUUCAAGAGUAAUGAGAGUGUGAUGGAGGAUUAUAGUUUGGAAAUGUACAAGACUCAAUUGCAAGAGUACAAGAUUGGAGAGAGAGAAGGAAGAAAAAAUGGUGUUAAAAUUACCAUUAUGGACAUGACACAAGUUAUGCAAUUGAGACCCGAUGGACAUCCUAGCAAAUAUGGACAUUGGCCACUCCAAAAUGUGACCAUGGCCAAUGAUUGCGUGCAUUGGUGUUUGCCUGGUCCUAUUGAUGCUUGGAAUGAUUUUUUGAUGGAGUUAAUAAAGAGGGAGGAGAGUGGUAGAUAA